AUGGAUAAAUUCAGCAGAACCACCCUUUUCUUUCUUCUUUUCUUCGUUCUGAUCAUUCUUCAAUUCCAACGUGCAACACUCGAUGAAGGUGGCCAAAAUGUUGCUCAAAACUACCCAGAUAAACCACUUCUUUCCAAGCUACUGAUGGAUACCCUUUCUGUACUCAGAAAGUCACAAAAAAGUUCCUGGGACAAAAUCAAAACUGUCAUACAUGAUCUGCAAAUGCAGUUCUCCCCACCAAAUUUGGAUUUCAGAGGUGUGGGAGAGGUAGGAGAAGGAUCUCAUGGCGUGAGAGAAACGUUGAAAGAAGCAGCUGAGAAGAGUUUCGACGUAAGCAAAGAUGCAGUUGAGGAAAGUGCUAAAUCAGCAGCAAAAGCGGUAGGAGGAGCAAUUCAUAAGACAGCAGAAAAGAUGAAGGAUACUACUCAUGAUUCUGAGAAAGAGUCAGAAGCAGAACUUUAA